CAGCUUUUUACGUUUUCACGCCUUGUCGAGUCACGACUGAUCUCAGGUGCUCGUCAAGAUCCCCGCCGUAGAGUGAAUUUGUCCUCGUAAAAGUUCUGGUUGCGCCUUUAUCUAACCUCUAACAACAAGGCAGUCGCAAUGGCUCCUCUGAGACCAUCUCCUUUCGUUCGACAGCUUCGAGCAUCUCAAAUCCGCCAUUACUCUUCUCCUACGACCCCACCGACUUCACCAUUUGCUCCACGCCAUUUGCUCUCAAUUGCAGACCUCACGCCUACUGAAUUCACAGCAUUGGUUCGCAAUGCAGCUUCACAUAAGCAGGCCAUUAAAUCUGGCGCAGUCCCCCAACAUCUCAUUGGAGCGCUGUCCGGCAAGACUGUAGCUAUGCUCUUUAGCAAGCUGAGCACACGAACCAGAGUGUCAACAGAGGGAGCAAUUGCACAACUUGGUGGAUCGCCUAUGUUCCUGGGAAAGAACGACAUUCAAUUAGGAGUGAACGAAUCCUUAUAUGACACGACCGUCAUCAUAUCUAGCAUGACUUCCGCCAUCGUAGCCCGCGUCGGCCCUCAUAGCGACAUCGCUGAAAUAGCGAAGCAUUCCUCUGUUCCUGUCAUCAACGCCCUGUGUGACACUUUCCACCCUAUGCAAACUAUCGCCGAUUUCCUCACAAUUCACGAAGCCUUUCCUUCCAGCUCCUCUGCUCUCCGAUCACACCGUGGCGCAAGUCUAGGCUUAGAAGGCAUGAAGAUCGCGUGGGUCGGCGAUGCCAACAAUGUCCUAUACGACCUUGCCAUAGGGGCCACGAAAUUAGGCGUCAACCUCUCGGUCGCUUCACCCGAGGGUUACGGCAUCCCAGAGCACGUCAAAACCAUAAUUGCCAAGGCAUCGGAGACUUCGCCGCAUCAUGGCAAGCUUGAAGAGACAACCUCGCCUCUCGAAGCUGUUAAAAAUGCGGAUGUCAUUGUCACAGACACUUGGAUAUCCAUGGGCCAAGAGGAGGAAGCUAAGAAGAGGAUCAAAGCCUUCCAGGGCUUUCAGGUUACUAGUGAGAUGGCGAAAAAGGGCGGAGCGAAGGAGGGAUGGAAGUUUAUGCACUGUCUGCCUCGCCACCCAGAAGAAGUUAGCGACGAAGUGUUUUACGGACCGAGGAGUCUGGUCUUCCAGGAGGGUGAGAACAGGCUGUGGGCAGCUGUUAGCGCUCUGGAAUCAUUUGUCGUUAAUAAAGGAAAGAUUAUUUAGGCUGUUUCGGCUGUCUGACUGGCAAGCAUGAACAAUGUGAAAGUCUGUAGCAAUGAGACCAAUUAUAUUUAUGCAGGUUCUACGGGUUCUACAUCCACCCAAUCU